AUGGGAAAUGGAUACAAUCAUCGCCAAACUCUUCAUCAUCUUCAUCACAAGAACACAUUCCUGCCUAUGUUGUGUUCAAGGCCUUCAAUCAAAGAUGUGGCAAUACCCAGAUGGAAAAAAGAUCGAUCUUCUUCAUCAUCAAACGAUCCUCUGUCCCCAAAAAUUGAUUGUAUGGGUCAGGUCAAGCCAAAUGACAAAUUCAAUUUGGGGUUUCACACAUCUCGCAAAAUUUUAGUCUCAACUAAAAACAUCAACAGCCCUGUCAAGUAUUUCAAGCUCAAGAAGAUUUUCUCAAGCAAGAAUUACAGUGUCAACACAAGUAGUACCAGUGCCACACCCACCACCAAUAACAACAGAAUUUGCAGAAGAAGAGGAGCGAGUUUUAAUUGUGGAAGUGGACCCAAGAUUGUUGAUGGUAAGGAGAAUUCUGGGUUUGUCAAUCUAGUUGAGAUGGACCCUCCAUUGCCUGUGAUUAGGAAAGUGAAACCAACAACAGAUGGAGGAGGUGGAGCUGCGGAGAGUCUUUGGAAGAGGAGAUCCGGUGGGGUUGCAUUGCAGAGUUUGAGGCUUCAAGAGAUUCAAAUCAAUAGACAUGCUGGGUCUGGGAUAGCAGUUUCAGGUACAGAUCAGCAUCAAUUGACUCCUACAUUCAAAGAUUACAAGUCACAUUCCCAGAGAUUGUGA